AUGCUCCUCCCCGUCUCCGUCCUCCUUCCCCUCUACAUCUACCCCAACCCCCUUGCCUGGAACUGGCUAUUGUCUACAAUCCCCCUCUACCCCUCCAUAACCUACAAUCUCAUCAUCAACCCAUCCUCCGGACCCGGCGCCCUCAAUUCCUUUCCCGAUCCCAGCUACACCGAUGCCAUCGCCUCCCUGAAUAUAUUUGGCAAUGUAAAGUUAUUGGGAUAUGUAGAUACAGCAUAUAUGCAUCGAUCUGUUGAGGAUAUAGUUGCCGAGGUGGAUACUUACAAUCACUGGCUAGCCAACCCCUCAAAAGAUAUCCACAUGCAUGGCAUCUUCUUCGACGACUGCGUCUCCAAUUGGAAUACCAGCACCUCUCAAUUCAUGAGCACCAUCGCUACCUCCGCCCACCAAGCCAAUCUCACUGUAACAUUCAAUCCGGGCGUUAUUGCCGAUCCCGCCUUUUUUGCUCUCGCAGAUAAUAUAUUAAUGAUUGAAGAUACAUACGAUGCUUCUAAGGCAUUACCAAGUAUUGAAUCUAUUCCCUCAAACCAACGUUCUAAAUCUUCAGUUAUCUUUCAUCAUUUCCCCGGAUCGGCAACCGAUCAAUCGACUUUCGUCAGGAAAAUCUUGAAAGAGGGGAUUAAUUCGCUGUACAUCACCACCAAAGAUUAUGUUAGCCAAAGUGAUCUCUGGACACAAUUCAACGCUGCCAUAUCUGCAGGGACAAGUCUUACUUAA